UAACAUCUCUUUGUUUUAUAUUUGACAUACUUUAAUAUAAAAAAACUAAAGGAAGAUAAAUAAUAAAUGUGAUUUUUCUCUGCAUAAUUUACUUUCAGCAAUUCAGAAAAUUCGUUAGUAAAAUAUAAAAUAAUUGAAAACGUUGUACAUAUGCGGAUCUAUAAACUAAAAAUAAAUUGGAGCCUGUUUGGCGGGAUAACUGAUCUGAGAUAACCUAACAGUGGUUAGGAAUUCACGAUUGGAUUUUAUUCCUUUUAGCGUUGGUAAUUUUACUCGAAACAGAAGAUUCAAACGAAAUCAAGCACCAAAUUCGAAAUUCAAUUUUGUUCAUUUUUAAUUGUUAUUAAUAUACUUUGGUUAUGGCUAUUUUUGUUUAACUUCCUUUUCAUUUUCGAUUACAAAACAUAGCUCGAUCCAAAAAAUAGCCGCAAUUCAUCCUUUCAUUAAUUACGAGAACGGAGUAACUAUUUCCGUUUCCUUGUCGUGUAGCAGGGACUUGGUGAAUUAACGGUGUUUAUCGUUGGAGUAUAUUGGUGAUAUGCGAUUAUACAUUCGUGUACACAAGUAAAGCCUAUGCCUAUAUAUGCAUGCAUCUCGUAUAGAGCACACUGAGGGCUUCGCCGCUUUUAGAAGAGCGAUCCAGACUGUGACGAUUUUGUGUGCGUAGAUAUGCGUACGUUUGUAUACUGGGCGACUCAAAAAUAGGGAUUUGUGUUAUGUAAAAUAUGAAUCCAUUAAAAGUUUAUUUAAUUUUGAGAAAAUAUAUCAUAAUGAAAUAUCUCCUUUUAUUUCAUUACUUUAUUUCCUAACUUUAUUACAUAAAUGUUUAUAAAAUCACGCGAAGAACUAUCUCUCGAGAAAAACGUUUAUUUCUGCAUUUGCAAUAAGAGACUAUAAAGGCAAUAUUUGUGGAGGUAUGUCAGCGUGUGACAAGCAAAUUGAUUAAUUUAAUUAUUACCGAAGUGAAUUUCAAGGGAUUAGGUUGAGUAUUAAAUUUGUUUAUUGUACGUUUAUACCAGUGUUAUAUCUAUUUCGAGAAAUAUCAUAACGAUAAUAUUUUAAAGAAAGUCGUAUGACUUUGUUAUUUUUAAAUUGGAUUUAUGAAUGCGAAAACUGAUAUGUAUCGUUUAACUGUGCUGAUGCUGGUUGUAUUGUAAAUUCUUAGAUUUCUGAUUUUACCUGUUUUUCCCUAUUUUCGUCAUAUUUUUGAGCCACCUUGUAUGCACACUCGUGUGAACAUAUUUAUCUUCGUGUAACCAUACGCUGCACUUAUAGAUCCUUAAGUGCCAACGCUGAUACAUAUUAAGUGUUUCCACAAACAUGUAAUUAGAAUUAUAGAUCUUAUCUGUUUAUGAAAAUAUUAUUUUCUUACAUCAAAUUAACGACGUGGAAAGUAGUGUAUUAAAACACGGUAGAAUGACUAAUUACGAAUUGACGAUUUGGAAGCAGAUUGGCAAGUUAAUUUUCAAAUGCAAUUAUCGCAUCGAUUACGGCAUAAUUACAUUUACGUACUAAGUGAAAAAAGGUAGCUAUCUACAAGUUAUUCUAUUCUAAAGUUUCAUAUAAAAACAGCUCAUACACUUACUAACGAGUACAAACUCGAAUUAAAAUAAUCACUGAUUCUUCCUUUUGUUCUUUGCAGCUCUAUCAUUCCACGAUAUUAGUAAACAAAAAGGAAAAAAGAAAAAUAUACGUUUCAUAACUUCGUAAUCGCGCCAAACAUUCUACACUCACGUAUCUAACCACACGCAAACGUCAGCCGGCGAUCAACGUCGCACUUACACACAGACAACCGCUAUUCAGUGUGUCCCAUUCUCAUUGGCUUAUAGACGAGCCAUUACAGAGUCCAUGGAGUAACAAUGUUUGUCAGUCGACGGGUAACUUUGCCAGAUCACAUAUCGAAAUUGUCGCGUCGAUCCUCGAUCGAUUCUUCGCCGGGUUUUCUCGUAGGACAGGGCGGAACGAUAGAUCCACGUUGUUUCUGUUACUUUAUCGAUCAUGUAUUGGAAAGUGUGCGUGAUUUUUGUAGCCAUGGCUGGUGCUACUAGAGGCUGGGACCUGGCAAGCGGAUUGAAAUAUAAACUGACGACAACAUUGCUGUUUAGCGAGGCAGCUCCGUCGAAAUCCAGCGGGGACGUUGGCUUUCGAUUAACCGGCGAAUUGGAUGUAACCGCCGUUUGGCAGAAACCGGAUGAUCCGAGUAGCUUUUUGCUGAAUAUCGAGGACUUGGCAGGAAAACAUUGAAUAAUAACUACAUGACUAGCCUGUAUACGCUUCCUGAUGACUCACGAAGGUUACUGCACAAAAUAUUUGGGGAAUUGAUUUAAUUAGAUCGCUCCUGCAACCACAACUGUGGAUCAAAUCUCGAAGUGCUCCAGAACUAGAAGGAUUCGUCGAACACUCCUCCAGAAUAAACGCCCUUGCACAGAAACCUUUGCUAAUAUUUUGGAGAAACGGCGACGUAAAUUCCAUCUUCAUGGAUACCGCAGAGAGCGUCUCUUCGGCAAACCUCAAACGUGGCUUAGCUAGUUUAUUCCAAUAUACAGUGUUCGAUAGCGACGUCGAGGAACGAGAUGCUUCCGGUCUCUGUAAAGUAACGUACCAUUCUUUGGGACCGAGGACAAUGGGAAAACGAAAAAUAUCCUGCAAGCAAAAUAUUCUACCACCAAAGAAACGGCAUUCGAAUCCAUUGUUCGGCGUGAAGCUUACGAGUACUCGUAAUUCAACCUACGAACUCACGGAGCAGUUUUUGCCUAGCUUGAUUCGUGAUGAGGAGAGUCAUCGAAUGGCACUUACCGCCAGACCGGAAGUAGGCGCCAUCGUCACGUCGGAGAGGACACUCGAGCUGCUUCCUGGCACGCUCAGCGCUAAAACCGUGCAGGCUGAUACCUUGAAUCAAGCUCUCGCUGCCGCGCAACCUGGAUACAGAGAAACGAGUAUCGAGCUACAAUUGGAACCGUUCUCGUGCCCUGACUACGGAUGCCCCACGAUCGAACAAACGGUCGAAGAGUACCGCAGCGCCCUGGAGAACAACGCAUUGGGUACUGGAAAAUCUGCUUCGGCGUUCCUGAAGUUACUACCUCUAGUCAGAUCAGCCUCUCCAGAUGAACUGCAGAAGCUCCUAAAAAGUCCACGAUAUCGUCAAAUAAAACCUCAACUAUUAGAUAUCUUUGGCGCCGCCUCGACCAUAGCAGGACAUCAAGCAGCCAUGAAAAUUCUUCGACAAGACGAAAUAGGAAACGAGACUGAAAGAUAUCUUUGGGCUCUGUCUCUGUCUCCGACGCCGAAUGCAGAUAUCGCUAAAAAUAUUCUGAGACGAUCGGAAGAGACCCAUCCGAACGACAAAGUGUCAGAAACGAUAGCUUUAACCGCAGCAGCGAUGGCACGUCAUUUAGAGUGUCCAGCUAGCAUCGAGAAAGCGAGAAUCAGUUUGGAAAUCGGUCUCGAUACUUGCACGGGGGAAGAGUGCAAGCUGAAGUUCCUCAGGGCUCUAAGAAAUUUAAGAACCAAGGCUGCGAUCCCGACCUUGUUAAAAUUUGCAACGAGUGAGAAUAAAGCACUCAAUGUCGCUGCUUGGAAGGCCCUGUCAGCGCUACCCAGAGAUUCGCUGACUCCUGAAGUAAAAAAGGUAGCCAAACGAGUCUUUUACGAAAUAGGUGGGCCAAAGAGAGACAGUAGUUCUAGAACUAUAGCCUUGGAUAUUAUUCUUGAAACGAAUCCAUCGAAGGAAGAUAUCAGACACUUGGUGGAGUAUUUAGCAAACACAGAUCUCGAUUACGAGGUUCGGAAGUAUCUCAGUCAACGAUUGGAACAACUCUCUGAUAAGGAUCUUCGAUUUGCUAAAGAUCUGAGCGAAGUUUUGAGUACGUGUGGAAAGGAUAUCGUUAAUUACAACGUGUAUUCCCAGAAAGGUCUUAGCACAGCGUUCACGAGAAACUUUCUAAGGUCAAUAGAUAGUAAUGGAUCAUUGAUAACUAUUCAAGAGAUUCAGUCAGGUUUAAUGAAGCGUGGAAUAGUCGACGUAGUUCUUCAAGUUGAAGACCACGAAGAGGCGCUUUUCUCUCUUGGCCUGUUCGCGGGAGGCCUAGGAAGCUUCGUUUCGACUUCCAGCCAGGAAAAUGACAUUCAGGAUGUCGAACCAUCUACUGCAGGAAUGGAGCUCGAUUUCCUAGGUGUUGGUAUCAGGCCAUUCGUCUUCUUCUCUGGCCAAGGGGAACUUAUGAGUCACGUCUGGUCUGGAUCAGCGUCCGAACGAACUCCAGCUUUCCAGGCCUUAGCUGCUCUCCAUAACUACAACGAAUACAUUCCAUUGGCCUCGGGAAUCGUAGCCGAAGUCGACGUCCAAGGUGCGGUUAGCUUCGAUUUAGCUGGACAAAUUCAACUGAGCCUAUGGUCCAGAAACGCUCAGUCACUGGUGGAUCUGAAGGCUGGAAUUAUGAUCCAGGGAGGAACGAAAGUGCGUUCCGACUUUGUGCAGAGCAUGGCUGAGUUCUCCAUGUCGAUGGAACCGAAAUUGGAGUUGGCCACCGACGUAGACUUUUCCGGGCCGGUAUCUCUGUGCAUGAGACUUAGCCAACCAGAGAACGUGGUGAAGUAUCAGGUAUAUAAGGUUGAAAGGGUAGCUGGAAGUAGGCACAAAUUGAGAAAAACCAGGAGGAUGAGGUUGCAUAAUCCUGGGAGGUCUUAUCUGUUGAACAGAAAGAAUAACGAGAUGUGUUCGAUGGUGUUCAGUUAAUCGAUAAAGACUGUUCGAGUUUGACAUAGAACUUUAUAGAAUUUACGAAGACAGUUUUUAUCGAAGAUGUUACUUUCUUCUUCUUCCAAUCGUGUAUCGUGCAAUGCGUCGAGGAAAGGGAAUCGCGCGUGCUGCACGAAAAGGAACUGUAUAGGUAUAUUUUUGUUGUAAUUUUGUAUUUUGUAAUUACAUUUUUUCUAUUUUGUUAUAAUUUAUAUAAUUUAUGUACUCGGUACAUUUACGAUUUACGGGGAAAAAGAAAUUUUAUUCCGAUGAAAAUUGCUCGAACUCGUUCCACUUUUAUCAACGCUAUUUGUUUUGCAACUCACUUUGAUUCGAUUUUUUAUAGUUGAAUGACCCUUAAUAAUUGAAUUAUUUCAUAGCCUUUUACAUACGUGCUUUGCAUAUUUAAAUGAUACACUAAGCGUAGAAGCUAUAACGAUUCUCAUCAAUUUUAUUCAAAAUAUCUAUGAGUAGUACACAAAAUAUUACUUUAAAAUCGAUAUUAACAAGCAAAGAAAUAUCUAAUACAUUGUAGAGAGCUAAAAGUAUAUCGAGUUACUUAUUUUUUGAUGAAUUUAUAAUUUAUGAAACCUAAUGUAAUGCAUGUUUUAUACAAGGAAUAUUUUUAUUCAGAUAUUGCUAGUUCAGAGAAUAUUAUGUGUUGAAAGAUAUUAUAUUUUAUGAUAUAUAUAGGAAGAGCUGGAAGAAGGCAGAUCUGGAAUUUAUAGAAUGUAUUGAAGAGAAAUGGAAAUCAGAAAAAGUUUAUACAUUUUCUAAAUUAAAUGGAGAAAUUUUAAUUUAUUUGUCGGAAUAUGAGAUAAGAGGUAUAAAAGUUGAUCUUGCAUAAAGAAACGCAAAGUAAAUCGUUGGAAUAAAUUGAUUGAAACAUAAGGAUUAAAAAA